AUGGUUCAUUACGUCUCGAGUCCGACCAAGGCUCCUCAGGCACUACCUUUCCAAGAUAGCAAGGAGCUUCGAUAUCUCGAAUACUUCAGGCUUCGAACAGCGCCUGAUAUUGCUGGUGUCCACAAUCCGGAGCUGUGGACGUACCAUGUCAUGCAAGUGGCUGUUGCAGAGCCUGCAAUUUGGCAUGCAACUCUUGCGCUUGGCUCACUCCAUGAGCGAUUCGAGAGUAACGCAUCUAUGAGUCUAUCUACCGCGGACAUGGAGUACCCACUCACUCAAUACGGCAAAGCGAUCAACAUCCUUUGCAGCUCUAUCAAGGGCUCCGCUGACAACCUGAAAGAGACUCCGUUGCUCGCAUGCGCUAUGUUCUGUGCUUUCGAAAGCAUGGGCUACCAUCUCCACUCAGCGCUUUCUCACAUCACAAGCGGUCUGAAGGUCAUGACGGAACGAAAAAGAGCUUUUCUCGAAGACAAAAGGCCUGAUCAUUCUCUUCACAUGCUGUGGCCUCUCUUCACCAGAUUGGAUACUCAGCGGCUGGAGCUUGGAGACUCUUCAUUCCCGGCGGAUAUGCCUUUGAUCAUGCAUUACCGACAUGUGCAGACGACCAAAUCGAUCAUCAAGAAACCAAAUAUGAACGAAGCACGCCAUGGAUUCGAUAGCGUCCUGAACCUUAUAUUGCACCACAUCAAGCACAUCGAGGGGCCAGAUGUGUCCAUACCAUUCAUUGCCAAAGGAACUUCAAGCGCUGACGUCGGGCUGAGCGAUGUUGUUCAUGACUACCUGCGAUGGACCUCCGCAUUUGAUCCGAUCAUCGUCUCUCUGGGUGUAACUUCCGAUAUACCAUCAGCCCUACUCCUUCAAAUAUGGCGCUUACUUGUCAACAUCAUGCUUCGAGUGGACGUCGAAGAAGGCGAGAUGGGUUUUGACAGAUUCCAAGACGAGUUCAGACUGAUGUGGUCUCUUGUAGAGGAAUUCCUCUGCUGGAGUGCGCAACAUUCUGGAUCUGGCGAGGAACUUCUUCCAGAGCAGACACAUAGUCCACUGGACGAUCCAUUGCCAGAAGAGCUUUGUGUUCGACACACUGCAUUGACUGGAGAGGCAGCCCAGCGAUCUGGAUUCAUGGGUGUCAAUAUUCAGAACACUGCAGAGGCAGAUAGCGUUCGAGCAGAAGCCUCAGCUGCGCAAGAGAGUGGUCAGAAGUUGCUGGCCUAUUCCCAAAAGACAAGGUCAAUCAACCCUGGCGUUCUGCGCGACCGGCUGACAUAUGCGGGUCUUGGUAUCAAGCCUACGUUUACCUUCUCGCACGGCGUCAUCUAUCCCCUUUACGUGGUGAUCAGUCGAUGCAGAAACCCUGCCAUCCGACGCCGAGCUUGGACUCUUAUGAACGGAUGCAAUCGACGAGAAGGUCUCUGGGACUCUGCUCUGGCCGCUAGAUUGGGACAAAGGAUCAUACAAAUUGAAGAAUCACAAGCAUUGCUGGGAUUUGGGCCCAGCGCAUCAGCAGCCUGUUCAGGACAAACCACAAAGAUAACUGCCGCAUCCCAGAUCGCAAACUUUUCCCGGAUCAGAAUGGUGAGGCCAACGUUUUUGCCGAACAGGAGGAGUAUCGAGAGGUAUUACUUUGGCUGGCCGGGAAGUUUUGAAGAGGCGACGGGUGUUGAAGAAGUUUGGAAUCAGGAGUCUAUGGAGUGGUGA